AUGACCAUGGAUUGAGAUUAUACUUAAAUAUUCUUCACUCUUAUUUUACUGCGGUUUAUAUAUAUUUUGAUGUAUUUUUCGAAGCAGUCGAACUGAUUAGCAGUUACACUGGUUUUCAACAAUUUCUCAACAGCGCAAUUAUUUUCUUAACAAUGGUUGGUAUGCUGAAGAAAAAAAAAAAAAUCCAAGAUAAAUUUGAUAGUAAGAUCAAAUAUCGGACUCUUACUUUCCUAAUAGUUACCGAGUCAGCCGUAUUGACCACAGUGGUUGUAUCAAUAUUUCGUGAUACACCAAAUUGUGAAAUGUAUUAUGAUACAUUAUAUCUCCCAUUUGAUUCAUCAACUAUUGGAUACUGGUCAUCCUAUGUCUUUCAAAUUACUGCUCAAGUUUUUGGGUCACUGGUAAAUGUUGCUCAUGAUACCUUAAUCCCUGGGAUGAUGCUAAAAAUUUGCGCGCAGUUGAGUAUUUUAGAGCACCGAUUAGAUUUAGUGUGUAAGGAUGUUGAUCCUUAUGACCAAAUCAACAGAACAAACAAAAUUUUUAGUAUUGUCAUGCUUUAUCAAUUUUCCAUCAGUACUAUUGUAAUAUGUAUAACAAUUUAUACACUAUAUCUCAAUGAUCCAGAAUUUUUUGCAAUGGUAGAUUAUUUUAUGUGUAUGACCGUACAAAUUUUUGACGUCUGUAUUGCCGCCAGUACCGAGUGCAAUAUUAAGAGUGUAAGCAUCGCAACAGCUGUUUAUCAGUCUAACUGGUAUAAUUUGGAUAUUGAUUCACAGAAAAGCUUGUUAUUACUCAUAAUGACUCGAAGUUCAAAACCAUUGAAAUUCAACGCUGCGUAUACUUUAUUGAAGUAUCUCUCAACUCUUUCAAUCAAGUACUAUUCUGAUGAAACUUUCUUAUUCAGCUUACAAUGUUCUGAAAUAAUAACCAUCAUCAUCAAUUAGCAUCAAUAUAUAUUCACAGUAUAAAAUACACCUGGAAAUUUUACAAUGAUGGCUUUGAUAAUAUGAUAGGCUAGAAUAAAAUAUUAGAAAUGUACAUAAAGUUUAAAUGAAUUA